GAUAAAUCCAGCCUUUUUCUUCUUCCAACUUUUUUUUUUUAAAAAUAAAUGGCACAUUCGAAACGCAAAGCAGAAUACGAAGUUCCGAUCGUCGAUGAGAACGAUCUUUUAAAGCUCACACCGCUUGGAGCUGGUAAUGAAGUCGGCCGAUCGUCAAUCUUGUUAGAAUACAAAGGCAAAACCAUUUUGCUUGAUGCUGGUAUCCAUCCGGCGUACAGUGGUUUGGCGUCUCUACCUUUUUUUGAUGAAAUGGACCCUGGAAGUAUCGACGUACUUUUGGUCACUCAUUUCCAUGUCGACCACGCUGCUGCGGUGCCCUACCUUAUGGAACGGACAUCUUUCAAAGGUCGAGUCUUCAUGACCCAUCCUACGAAAGCUAUUUACAAGUGGUUGUUGAGCGAUUACGUACGAGUGAGCAACAUUGGUGAUGAAGAUCAAUUGUAUAGCGAAGAGGACUUGAUCAAUUCUUUCCAACGUAUUGAAGCUGUGGACUAUCAUCAACAAGUCGAAGUCGAAGGCAUUAAAUUCACAUCUUUCAAUGCUGGACACGUACUUGGUGCCGCCAUGUUCUUGAUUGAAAUUGCCGGUGUCAAGGUGUUGUAUACAGGAGACUAUUCUCGGGAAGAAGACCGGCAUUUGAUGGCUGCGGAAAAGCCUGAAGGAUCCGUGGAUGUCUUGAUUACAGAAAGCACGUAUGGUGUGCAAUCACACGAGCCUCGCUUAGCCAAAGAACUGCGGUUUACGUCCUUGAUUCAUGAUAUCGUUGGCCGAGGAGGCCGGUGCUUGAUGCCAGUGUUUGCAUUGGGUCGUGCUCAAGAGUUGUUGCUUAUUCUCGAUGAAUAUUGGGAUGCACAUCCAGAACUUGACAGCAUCCCCAUUUAUUACGCGUCAAGUUUGGCCAAAAAGUGUAUGGCCGUCUAUCAAACAUAUAUCAACAUGAUGAACACAAGAAUUCGGAAACAAUUUGCCAUUUCGAAUCCCUUUAUAUUCAAACACAUCAGUAACUUGCGAAAUGUCGAGCAGUUUGAAGACUCAGGGCCGUGUGUGAUGAUGGCCAGUCCAGGCAUGUUACAGAACGGCUUGUCACGAGAGUUAUUUGAACGAUGGGCACCUGAUAAAAAGAACGGAUUGGUUAUUACGGGUUACUGUGUAGAGAAUACAUUAGCGCGCCAAGCGAUGAAUGAACCACAAGAUUUCACUGCUAUGGACGGACGUAAAGUUCCAUUAAGGAUGUCGGUUGAUUAUAUCUCCUUCUCUGCCCACGUCGACUUUACUCAAAACAGCAAGUUUAUUGAGGAAGUAAAGGCUCCACACGUUGUACUCGUGCACGGUGAAGCCAAUGCCAUGUUCCGUUUGAAAUCAGCACUACAAAGUCGAUUCUCAGAACGCGAAGAAAACGUCAAAGUGUACACACCCAAGAACUGCGAAACUGUCAAACUCCAUUUCCGUGGUGAAAAGAUGGCUAAGACAAUCGGUACCCUGGCUGCUAAAUACCCAACCGAAAACGAACCGCUAACUGGUAUUCUCGUUGCAAAGGAUUUCCAACUCAACAUCAUGACGCCAGAGGACCUUAGCGAGCUUGGUGGUCUGAUCACUACUGUCGUAACACAGCGACAAGUCGUCCCCUUCAAUGCUGGUAUCAGCCUUCUCAAGUGGCAUCUUGAAAUGAUGUUUGGCACAAUCACUGAAUCAGCACUUGAGAAGGUUGGCAAAUCAGGCGAAAAAGGCACAGUUUUACGCGUGUUUGAUACCAUCGAUAUCAAACAGUUGGAGGGUCGAACAAACCUGCUGACAUUGGAGUGGAUUGGAAAUGCAAUGAAUGAUAUGGUAGCAGACUCCGUUCUUGCUGUUAUCUUGUCGGUCGAUAGCUCACCCGCUAGUGUAAAAGCAAGCACGCAUCCUUGCUCACACAGCCAUGGUACGGUUGAUGCUGAAAUGGGAUUGGAGCACGACAAGGUUCAACAAGAAGUCGACUCGAACUUCCACGACGUCGUAGCCUUCUUGAAGGAGCAAUUUGGUGAAGUGGAUACAAAUGAAAAGGAACACAAGGCAACGGUGAACGUCGAUGGCUCACAAGCCACGGUUGAUGCUAUCAAAUUUAGUGUCGAAUCCGAAAAUGAAACAUUACUGAAGCGCGUGAAUGAUGUCAUGCAGCGCAUUAAGAUGGCGAUCCAGCCUAUCCCAACCUUUUAGUUCUAUAAAGUAGCAAGCCAUUAUUUCUUGUCUCAUCACAUUCUGUAUAUAUUUUUUAAAGGCAAAAGAAAUCCAUUUUAUAAAGUUUCAAAGUAGUGG